CAGCACAAACAUGCGCCUCUCCUCCGCCGUCCUCCUGCCCGUUCUCGCCCUCGUCUCGGUCGCCGCCGCCAGGCCUCAGGACCCAGUGUGCACCGAGACUCCGCUCUCUGAGCAAACCUUCUGCGAGAAGGGAUCGCAACUCUGCAGCAUCGCCAUGAGCUGGGAUGAUUGUUCGGACCUCUAUAUCGCUAGCAUGAAAGCCUGUGUUCUCACCAACUGUCUUCAGUUUCUUGUUGACCCGCUGGCGCAUUGUGAGAAAUGAUCGGUUGUGGUUAGGGGAAAGCGGUGGUGGUGGAGGGAGGGGGGGGUGGAGGUGGG